AUGGCGCCGCAAAAGAUCAUCAUUGACACCGACCCCGGCGUCGACGACGUCAUGGCCAUGCUCUUGGCCUUGAGUGCCUCGCCGGAAGAGCUCGACGUGGCCAUGUUGUCCGUCACAUAUGGAAACGUUCCUCUGCAGAGCUGCCUUCGCAACGUCGUCGCCAUGUUUCACGUCUUGGAAAAGGAGAUGGAAUGGAGAAAAUCCACUGGUAGAGCCGAGGGAUUCGAGACCAUGAAGAAGAGCAGGCCCAUCGUUGCUGUUGGGCCUGAACACUCCCUCGAGGACGAGUGCUUGAUGGCUGAUUACUUCCACGGUCUGGAUGGCUUGCACAACGUCCACGAAGCACAUCCUCACCUCUCCCCAGCCGAGACUUGGAAAUCCCUCUUCCAAGCAGACGCAGCGGCGGAGGCUCACGCGCACUCCCCCUUCUUCACACCUUCCAAAGAGCCUGCCCACAAGGAGAUUCUGCGAAUCCUCAAAGAGAACCCCAUUGACACAGUCUCCAUCUGCGCCGUAGGCCCCCUGACAAAUGUUGCCUUGGCAGCCGCCGAGGACCCCGAAACCUUCCUCCGCGUCAAGGAACUCGUCGUCAUGGGCGGGGCCGUCAAUGUCGAGGGAAACAUUACGCCCGUCGCCGAGUUCAACUGCUACGCCGACACAGUCGCCGCUGCUCGCGUCUAUGCGCUGACCUCGUACAACCCGGCAUCUACCAUGCCCCCUCUUCCCGAGAAGCUGUCUACUCUCCGCGCAUAUCCGGAGAAGCUCUCGCGCCAACUGAAGCUGACCCUUGCCCCUCUCGACAUCACCACCCCUCACCUCAUCACCAGGAACUUCUUCGCCGAACGUAUUCAGUCUUAUAUUGACGCAGGUAGCCCCUUGGCCACUUGGACGUCGCACUUUAUCCAGGGAGCCUUCAGCCAGAUCGAGAGGAUGGAGGGCAACGGAAGCGAGCCUGGGCUCUCCCUACACGAUCCCCUCACAAUAUGGUACAUGCUGACUCAUGAUGACCCCAAAUGGAAGUUCCCCGCCAAGUUGGAGGACAUUCGUGUCGAAACUUCAGGCCAAUGGACCCGCGGCAUGCAUGUCGUCGACAAUCGACUGCGAAGUAAGCCUGCCGAGCUGGCGGCUUUGGCAUCUCUGGAUCCCCGUGACGAUCCCAAUGUCAUCACCAAGGACGAGGCUCCAGGCGACACAUUCGGCUGGCUGAGCGUCCUCAAAGGCAACCGAGUGAACCGUCUCGUCGAGUCUCCCGGCGCGGAUAUUUUCAAGGAUGUUUGGAUGAAACGCGUGUUUUCGUAA